CCGACCGCCCCCGACAGGCUCCGCGCGCUUUGCGCGCCAGCUUUGGCCUCAGCCUGCGAGCUGCAGAGUAGUGACGGACUAUGGAGAACAGCUACGAGGAGACCAUCGACAAACGCCGCGUCCACCUGCGCCCUGAUACACUGCGCGAUCCCGCCCCCGCCUCGCUGCACCUUCUGCCCUGCGAGGUCCCGGUUAACCGGCCCACGCCGGUGGGGCGCUUCUUCACCCCAGCCAUCCGCCUGGGUUCCGACGGACUGGAAGCAUCGUUUCGGGGCCGUAGUCUACGUGGCGAGGAGGUGGCGGUGCCGCCCGGCUUCGUGGGAUAUGUGAUGACAGAAGAGAAGGCAGAAGUGUUGGUGGCGAAGCAGGAUGACCACGAGCGAGAGGAGCAGGAACUGGAGGAACCCCCAGAGGCGCUGGAGCGGGACUGCGACCGCUUUAUGGGAGCCACAGCCAGCUUCAGCAGCUUCACCGUGUGGGGCCUGGAAUCUAUCCCUGGUCCGGAUGCCAAACUGCGUGGGGCCCUAAGCUGGCCCAGCCUCGCUGCAGCGAGCCUGCCUUCAUCCUGUCUGCGCUCCAGCUGGAAGGACAGCUCUUUGAUGCUCACUGUCUGCAGAGGCACACCUCAUUUUAUUAGCUUUCACAGAGAUUGCUUUUUUUUUUAAACAAAGGUUUGUGGCAACCCUGCCUUGAGUUUAUCAGUGCCAUUUUCCCAACAGCAUUUGCUCAUGUCGCAUCUCGUCACCUUUUCAUCAUUCUUGCAAUAAUAUUCCAAACCUAUUCAUUAUUAUUGUAUUUGUUACAGUAAUCAGUGGUUUUUGAUGUUACCACUGUAAUUUUUUUGAGAUACUGUUAUUGCACCCUUAAUAGACUAUGGCACAACAUAAAUAUAACUUUUAUAGAGUUUGGGAAACCAGAAAAACUCUCGUGACUGCUUUAUUUCAACGCUCACCUUGUCACAGUGGUCUAGAACUGAACCUGCAGGGUCUCUGGGCUCUGCCAGUACGUUCACUCCUGCCCUUCAGAACCCACUGCUGGGGAUUCCUGUACCCACCCUACCCUUGUGUCAAGGUUCAGAGGUUACCUCCUCUUUGAAGCCUUGCUGAUCACCCUGGGAUCCUGACAGCCCACUUUUCUCAUGAAACAUAUCACACUGGGAUCCAAACUGCUACUGGCCUGUUUGUCUUCCCCUGUGAGCUCUCAGAGAACAGAGAUUUUGUCAAAUUCCUGGUCACUCUGUAUCUACCAGCACCCGGCCUACAGCAAGAAUGCAGUAAAUGUGGUGAAGAGAUCUGUCCCCUGUAACUGUCAGUGUCUUCCGGAGCUGGAAGAAGCUACUCACUCAACUCCCCCAGACUCCCGGCACCAAAGCCUUCCCGC